AUGAAAGUGAGCACGCCAGACGGCAGCGAGGCCACUGCGACCCAGGACCAACUGCCUACGCCAGCCCUGUCUCCCAUCACCGAGCAUGGCACAACAGAUUACACCCCCGAUGCGAAUCUGACAAGUCCUGCUCUUGACAGCCUGUCCGAGAAGACGACCAGUCCCGCGAUUACUCCAACCACGGUAGCUGCGCGAGUGCUAAACCCAAAGACCAGCAAUGGAAAGCUGCUCUCGCCAUCUCCUACCCUCAAGCUGUCCUCAGCCCAAAUGCAAGACCUGAUCUCGUCGCCCGACUCACUGCCGCUACGAGCCGUGUCUAUAUCUACCGACGACAUACCGCCCCUGUCCGACGAAAGUAAUGCGAAAGCCAACGCACUAGGCAUUUCUGCCCGCGACCUGAUCUCAGUGCCAGAGCCCACGAUCCUACCCGUGUCGAAUGGCCGCCCUCCGCCAACUGUCGUCAGACCAUCUGCGAGCGGUCGCUCAAACUCCACCCCUGUCAUCAAACGGAAGCCUUCGUCGGCUCAGAUACCACGGAACCCGAACGAGAACAAAGAUGCCUCAAGGCCUAGACGUCCUACUCUAAAUCUGAAGGGCUCCGAAUACCAAGAUGGCGCUGAAGCCCUCAAGCCCUCGCCCAUGUCCGACUCGCNNUUCCUUCUCCAAUGCCUGCCAUUAUUCCCGUUCCGCCUCUCUCCUUGCCUACAUAUCUCCAACUCGAGCUCUCAUCUGAGCGNNUCCGUCGGCCCUUACAUCCAUCGCUCCGCCAGCAGUGACUUCCCGUACGAGUCUUCGAAAGUAAAGUUUGAGCGCCUGUACAACUUCUUGACUUUACCGCCUCAGCUCGAGCAGACUCUGGUAUUUGGUGCUUUGGCCUGUUUGGACGCCUGGUUAUAUACCUUUACCAUCUUGCCAUUGAGGUUCUUGAAGGCUGUUGGUAUCUUCUUGAAGUGGUGUGUCCAAAGCAUCGUCAAAGAGUUCAAAGAUAUCGGCUCAUUCAUAUACUCUGGAGUGGGCCGUGUCUGGCACCGUAGAAAGCAACCGCCGUCUGCCAACCCUUCUCGCAGAAGUUCCUUCAGUUCGCCUUUGAUUGAUUCCGCUUCUGUCCCUACAGCUCCUGCUACCCUGUCAGAUGGCCAAAGCGACACAAACUCGACGCGUUUCCAACAGCUUCCCUCGAAACUAAAGAUCCCCAGCCCGCUGUAUCGUCAUAGACGCUCCAAAUCUACACCCUCCGCUCUGCUUCCGAAUCACAAGGCUGACUUGCUACAUGGACUGCUGAUCAUCAUUAGCUGUGCGAUUCUUCUACAGUUUGAUGCAAGCCGCAUGUACCAUAAGAUUCGUGGACAGGCCGCUAUCAAGCUCUACGUCAUCUACAAUGUUCUCGAGGUAUUCGACCGCCUUUUGUCAGCCAUAGGUCAGGACAUCAUUGAAUGCUUGUUCUCAAAAGAGACUCUCGAACGCAAGCCCAAUGGUCGUAGCAAGGUUUUACUUCCUCUAGGCAUGUUCAUACUUGCUUUGGCUUACAACGUCGCUCAUGCAGCAAUGCUGUUUUACCAAGUCAUCGCCCUCAAUGUUGCUGUCAACUCUUACUCAAAUGCUUUACUCACGCUCCUGAUGUCCAACCAGUUUGUUGAGAUCAAGGGAACUGUCUUCAAGAAGUUCGAGAAGGAGAAUUUGUUCCAGCUGACUUGUGCAGACGUGGUUGAGAGAUUCCAGCUCUGGCUCAUGCUACUCAUCAUUGCUCUGCGUAACAUUGUUGAGGUUGGAGGUCUGAACAUGAGCUCCAGCGGUGGCUCGACAACAAGUUUCAGCUCAAACUCCACGACAUCGCCUAUUCAGAGCACAAGCAUUCUUCCGCAAGCCUUCAACAUGUUCCCAUCAGGCUUUGGUCAGAUAUUCGGUCCAUUCGUAACUGUGAUUGGCAGUGAGAUGGUCGUUGACUGGGUCAAGCAUGCCUACAUCUCAAAGUUUAACAACAUCAAGCCGAGUCUCUAUGGUCGUUUCUUGGAUGUGCUGACUAAAGACUAUUACUCACAUGCUUUCGCGGACCAGAAUUUGACCAAGCGACUAGGCCUCCCUGUGCUUCCUCUUUCUUGUCUCUUCAUCCGUGCCUCGGUCCAGACCUACCACAUGCUUAUUGCUACGCAUAUGCCACUGCCUAUGCCUUCGACCGCUACAGCGAUCGCACUAGAAUCAGCAUCUGGAGAAACCUCACCCUCUACCACAGCUGCGCUUGCCCACAUUGACCAGAUAUUCAGGAGGGCGUUAGGCAGAUCAUCUUUCGGGGCAGGUGCUGAUGCUGUCACUGGUGCCAACUCCUGGCGCUUCUGGACAAUCGACGACGCAAUCGCAUUGGGCACUAUGCUCGUCUUCUUCCUGAUCAUAUACCUCAUUCUGCUCGCCCUAAAACUCUUGCUCGGUAUGCUCCUACUCAGUUUUGCACGCACGCGCUAUCGAAAGAUGAAGAUGCAAGAACACAAAAAGCAGAAUUUCGAUACUCAAGGUCGCAGGGUCGGUGGCUGGGGAGCCGUGGAAGUGGGUGAAGACAAGCGUAGAUGGAUCUACGAAGAUGACCCUGAAGGUCUGAGGAACUUGAGAGAGCGUGAGGCCAAGGGCAAGGAAAAGGCCAAAGGAGAAUUGAAACUCGAUGGCGUGGAUAGAUAUAUGAUGGCUGCGAAGAGGAUUUGGUAG